AUGGUUCUUGCCCAAACGGAUCAGGUUAUACAUGUUCAGCUUAAGUCUACUAUCGAUGCCAAAAUUCUUUUUGUGUCUUUUGUAUAUGCUAAGAACACUUAUCAAGAGCGACGGGUGUUAUGGCAAGACUUAUGUAAGCAUAAUUUGGUAGCCGGGAACCAACCGUGGAUUGUGAUGGGGGAUUUCAACUCGGCCCUUUAUAUGGAUGACUGUUUGCAUGGUUCGUCCACUCCUACGACAGGUAUGCGAGAUUUCUUUGAGUGUGUUCAACAUAAUGAGUUGCUUGAUAUCCCGGGCCAUGGUCUUCACUUUACAUGGAACCAAAAACCAAGAGAUGGGAUUGGUAUUCUUAAGAAAAUUGAUCGGGUUAUGGGUAAUGUUCGUUUCUUGGAUGAGUUCCCGAAUGCUCACGUGUUUUACCAUCCUUACCGUUUGUCUGACCACACCCCAUGUAUUCUGAAAAUGGCUAGAGAGGUUCGGCCUAAACCUAAGCCAUUUAAAUUCGCUAACUUCAUAGCUUCUAAGGAUGGGUUUAAGGAGUGUGUUAUGGCUGAAUGGAGCAAAACGAUUGUUGGUAUUCCUAUGCUCUCCGUGGUAAAAAAGCUUCGUAACCUUAAGCAUCCGUUGCGGAUCCUUCUUCAUAAACAAGGUAAUUUGCAUGCUAAGGUUGAUAGUCUUAGAGCGAGCCUGGAUGAUAUUCACAAGCUGAUUGAUCAGAACCCGUUUGAUGCUGCUCUUCGGGUCAAAGAAUCAAACAUUAUAAAGGAGCUUCAUUGUGCUGCUUAUGAUGAGGAGUCGUUUCUCAAACAGAAAGCGAAACUUGAUUGGCUUAGUGCGGGUGAUGGUAACACAACAUAUUUCCACAACUUUGUUAAAAGUAGGAAUGCAAGGAGCAAAAUUUACUCUAUUAAUGACGCUAAUGGCAGCCAUCACGAGGGCUCAGAUGUGGAGCAUGCGGUUGUAGAUCAUUAUAUGAAGUUUUUGGGUGUGGAGUCCGAGGUUGAUGAGCUGAUUAUGGAGGAUUUGUUUUCUUAA